CACCUUUUCUUGUAAAGCAGUGUUCUCGCUCUCCAUCCGGCACUGGCACGAAAGUGUGGUGUGCAACCCCUACCACUUGCGCGCGGGGCCGCCGCUUGUGACCUACAGCGAUCUACAACCUCAGCCCUAGACCUGGCCCCAUCUGCAAGGCCCCCAAGAGGGCGCCUUCUUCAAUGAAGCCUGACCGUUCCUGACCGGUCGCAGCGCCAUGCCUUCUUCGCGUAUAUUUAGCAGCGUCCUGCGACGCGCGACACGGUUGCACCCGCUGUUGCAGCUCCAAUCAGCGAGCCUCAGUUCGUUUGCGCUGCGAAGAGGUUUCGCGAAGCCUGGGUCGCUGCCGUGAUUGCCGUGAAUGCCGUGAGCGCCAGGCCAUGCAACAUGUCGAUGCCAACGCACAAGAGAGCGCGGUCCGACCCGCCGCCUAUCCUGGUCGAGGAUACGGCGACGGCCGAGACAGACAUGGGGAGACUCCCGCGCUCGCAGACCGCCUACGCGCGCGACGCGCCGCAACCAACCUCCUACCGCCCCCGCCCGGAGCCCCAAUCCCGCGAGUCCUACCACGACACCACGCGCCAGCGCCGCAACAACACCUGGGAGCGCGGCCACCGCCGCCAGCGCAGCCCAAACAUCGAGUGGCACGAGAAGUGGACCAAGGACAGCUGGCAGAACGGCCGCGUGCUGCUGAUCGACUACGUCGACAAGAACCACACCACCCAGGGCCGUCGCAAGAUCGUAGCGCAGGAGUUCAAUGACGUCGAGGGGCUGAGGAACUUCUACCAGAAUGAGGAGCUGAGUGGGCAGGCCGCGCUGCGGGUCAUACAUGUGCAGAACGCGAGCUGGGCGACGCGCUUUCUGCUCAGGAAGUUCAACAUCGAUGCGACAGACGAUUUGGUGGGGACGAGCUUUGGGCGGUGGGCGAGGUAUGAACGGCCGCAGAGGAGGGCGAACAAGCCCGUGUUGAAUGGGAAGACCUUCCGCACGCAGAGGGAUCCCUGGCGUGGCAUCAGCCGGACGAGCUUUGGAUGCGAUUACUUGAAGCACUAUCCUGCGAACCAGGUCGUCGAGUCAGACUACGUAAAGUCGACCAAGAUGAUGGCUCUGAAUCACUAUGACGAGUACGACCUUCCGGCCCACACGUACGAUGUGCAUGUGCAGCGCCUGAGUGUGUACGUGCAGCUUAGCUACGACGAGCCUGGUGGAGAUGUCGAUCCGGAUAUCAGCAACCCGUACGACGAAGAGGAAUACCAGUACCAUGAGAAUCUAAAAAAGCAGUACAAUGCAGACGACUAUGUGCCCAAGCUGAAGACGCUGGACAAUGGAAACACCAUCAUCCUAUUCGAACACUCACAGACCGGGUCCGUCGAGGAUACCCUGGUCAAGGCGCGGCAAGAGAUAGAGCUGAGAUGGCGGAGACUUACCUUCUACAUGCCCAGAUCUGAUACUGAGGACGAUGGUCUAAUGGUACCAAAGUGUAUGGACCUCAUUCUCCGCGACAUCUUCAGAGCGCUGGCGCAGAACUGGGAGAAAUACAGCAACAUCUGCGAAGUCCACACUGGAAUACUGGAAGACAAGAUCUACGAGAAUCCUGCAGACGAGACGAGGGCGCCCGAGCUCUGGACGAACGCGAGUCUGUGGCUCAAGGUGGAGCGCCUGAUGUAUCUGCACAUCGAUCUGAUCAAGGAGACGCGCGCCUACCUCCACGAGCUGGACAAUUCUGACCCUUCAGAAGACGGUCCCUGGCUCGAGUCGUCCGCCGAAGAAAUGGAGAAGUUGACUACCCUCUUCCAAGAAGGCGUCGUCAAGCCCACAGAUAACCUCUCCGACCUCAUGUACAAGAGCGUAGGCAUCCGCGACGCGCGCCAUUCCCUCCAGCUGGGCCUUUCGAUGUGGCGCCUUUCUUGGAUCACAUUUGUAUUCCUCCCGCUCACCUUCACCACUGGCUUCUUUGGCAUGAAUGUGGACACCUUCGCCGAAAACCCCUCCAUCAAGUACUUCCUCAUCGCCGUCGUCGCGCUCUUCACUGUGGUCAUCGCCCUCUGGUACAUGAUGAAGCACACGCUCUCCUCGCAGCACCAAGAAACACUCCGCAGAGGCGUCUACGAGCGCCUCCACUCCGAGCUCUCCUCCAAGCACCCCACGCUCUGGACACGCCGCGGGCCCCGCCACGGCGUCGUUCCCGUCGGCUGGUGGGCCGGCCUCAAGUGGCGCUUCAUCACGCACUGGUUCAACGCCGACCGCACCGUGCUCGCGACCCGCCCCGAAGACCCCGCAGACCGCGAGCUCGGGACGUGGUCCCGCAUGAAGAACUACCUCGCGCGCCGCUGGCUGGCGACGCUGCCUGUCAUGCCACGCGCGCCGGCGGCCAGCGAGCUCGAUCUCUACCUCCGUGCCCAGGAGAAGGCGCGCGAGACGCCGACGCUGGGGAUGCUGGUCGAGGCUAUCGCGCCGGUCGGGCUGGCGGACGGGGCGCCCACUGCGGCGAGCAGGAUGCGGAGGAGCGUGCGGAGUUUGAGGAGCUUGAGUCCGGGGAGGAGCGUGCGGAGUGAGGGGGACAAACCCGUAGAGCGGGGACGGAGCGAGGAGAGGCCUAGCAGUGGGGUUAUGGUUGAGGAGAAGGGGGUGGGGAGUGAUGAUGGGAGUGGGGAUGAGAGAGAGAGGGGGCCGGGAAGCUUUAGGGAGAGGUUGGGUGUGCCGGGGUAG